AUGCUUGUAGACUUGCGACCACUCCCUAAUGCAGCACUGCCGGAGAUGAAAUGGCUUCGCUCCGUGGGCCACGUCCAGAAUUCGAGACAGCACGAUUGCACAAGUGCAAUUCAAAAAUGUGGCGACGCGAAGCAAUGGAUUGCGGCUAUGAAUUUGUUUCGCGACGUGUCCCGAGCAAGCGCGCAAGCAAACAUUAUUCUGUACACCGUGGCAAUCAGCGCAGUUGGAAAAUGCGGGCAGUGGCAACGAGCGCUGUUGUUACUCAGCGAAGUGCAAGAGGCAAAAUUGGAGUCGUCCACCGUGUGUUGUAGCGCCGGAGUAAGUGCGUGCGCAAGAGCGAGCGAAUGGCAACAAGCGCUAUCAUUGCUCGGCAAAUUUAAAGACGUAUCUUUGGAGCCUAAUGUGAUCAGCUAUGUCGCUGGAAUCAGCGCGUGCAGAAGGGGCGGACGAUGGCAGGAUGCAUUUUCGUUGCUCAGCGAGCUGCGUGAAGCCAAACUAGAGCCGAGCAUUGCUGCGUAUGGAGCGAUAAUAAGCGUUUGCGAGAAGAGUGGACGCUGGCAAUCUGCGUUGUCAUGUCUUUUGGAUGCGUCGGAGUCGAAGCUGGAGCUGGACGUCAUCACCUACAACUCAGCAAUCAGCGCCUGCGAGAAGGGUGGUCAGUGGCAGCACGCGCUGUCCUUGCUCGCUGACCUGCAGGGGGCGAGUUUGGAGCCAGACGUAAUCAGCUACAACGCUGGAAUCAGCGCGUGCGGGAAGGGCGCGAAGUGGCAGCUCGCGUUGUCAUUAUUUGCUGACAUGCGGGGGGCGGAGUUGGAGCCAGACGUAAUCAGCUAUUGCGCGGGGAUCAGCGCGUGCCAGAAGGGCGCGCAGUGGCAGCAAUCGUUGUCGCUGCUCAGAGAGAUGCGGGCGGCGAAGCCGAAGCCAGACGUCGUCAGCUACAGUGCUGGCAUCGGCGCGUGUGCGAGUGGAGGGGUGUGGCGGCAGGCCUUGAUCCUGUUUGGGGAGAUGAGGGAAGCCAACCUAGAGGUCGACAUAACUACCUACGGCGUCGGGGUCCACGCCUGCGAGAGGGGCGGCAGGUGGCAGUGGGCGCUGUCACUGCUCAGAGAGGCGCGUGAUGUGAAACUAGAGCCCGACCUAUGUCCCGAGGAGCUGGUCAAGCAGGCGCGUAGAGAAUCAUGUAGUGGAGCAUGGAGGCGAACAAUUUCAGCUACAACGCUGGAAUCAGCGCGUGCGAGAAGGGCGGGCAGUGGCAGCAGGCGUUAG